ACGCGCCGUGUGUUCUCAACGGAGGAUGUUGACAUUUCUCCAAGAGCUUGCGACUUCUCUCUUGCUGAAGCUGCACUCAGUACAGACGUGUAAAUAUAGACGAGCAGAAUGAGCAACCGCGCUGAGAAAUUCAUUAUAAUAACAUGAGGCACACGUACACGACACACGCAACGGAGGGCCUCGGUGUGAUCCGCCGCCAUUCGAACGAAUCGGGCACUGUGCGGCGCUGCGUGCCGGAACGUGCGCCGACGCCAUUGCGUGGCGAGCGAGCGAGCGGCGCGAGGAGGCGAGGCGAGGCGAGGCGAGAACAGCCGAAAUGGAGGAGAGCCAAACAUCGGAAAGUGUCGCCGUGCUACCGGACAUGUCCGAACCGUUGACGAGCGAGACCGAGGAGGCGGCCACGCUAACGAGCGAGCACGAGGCGCAUCCCGUCGCGGUCACAGCGAGCGUCACUUCGGUUCCGGGCGUUCCUGGUGUUCCUGGGGUCGGUGUGCCGGUUUCUCUGCCCGUUGGCUCCAUCAUCGGCGUAGCGAACUCUACCAAUGGCACGACCUUCAACGUCAUCACGCCAGAGCAGCUGCAACUGCACUCAGGCCCGGGGCAGCUCAGGCAGAUGCUAUGCGUCGAUAACGGCUUCAUCUGUGAGCCGCGCAAUGACAAGGACACGGAUCCUCUACGUUGGAACGGUGAGCUGAAAGCGACUCACAUAGUAAUACAAAACAGCACAGAUGAAACUGAAUCGGAACAGAUACAUGUGUCCACACCUAGUUCCCAACCGAUAUACAGCUGGUCUGAGUCAGCUAAUUUAGCAGUGUUACCUGUCAGAUGUAAAAACACAAAUGCAGAGUUGCACAAGAGCAGAUUUGGGUCUGGUGGUAGAGGACGUUGUAUCAAGCUAGGUACAGACUGGUAUACACCCAGUGAGUUUGAGGCUCUCUGUGGGAGAGCGUCUAGCAAAGACUGGAAACGAAGCAUUCGAUUUGGAGGUAGAAGUCUGCAGACUCUCAUCGAUGAGCAAAUCUUAAAGCCCCAUGCCACUUCUUGUACCUGCGCUGCCUGUUGCGAUGAUGAUAGCGCAACAGGCCCAGUACGUCUGUUUACUCCAUACAAACGCCGAAGAAGAACCAGGGACACAUCUGAUGGAGAAGGUGCUCCCCUGCGCAAGCACAAAACCGAAAACUCACGAGAUGGUAGCAACGACGAGAGCGACAAUGAAAUCGUCGUGCCUGACCAAAAAGAAGUCUGGCCACAGUUUGUUUCAACGGACGGAUUGGUUGUGCAACAGCCACAGGAACAGGAUACCGUUGUACAAGCCGUACAUCAGACGGAGAAUGGACAAGGCGACGAUAUGUUCAAGAAAUUGGACGACUUGGCGGCCAAAAUGCUGAAGUUGGCUUAUGAUUUUAGACGUACGUUAGAUGAAGUGAAGGAGGUGAACAGGCAACAGAGAAGAGAGCAGGCUCUGGUCGCGCAACUCGGAGGUCGAACGGACGUUAUGGACGCCGUCGGACUGCAACCAGCAUCUGAUGCACAUAACAAGAAGUGUGCCAACUGUAAUCGAGAAGCCUUCGCGGAAUGUUCUCUGUGUAGACGCACACCAUACUGUUCCACUUUCUGCCAACGUAAAGAUUGGUCGAGCCAUCAGGUAGAAUGUGUAAGAGGUGCAACCGAGACUGUAAUGCUCAUAGUAGAAAGUAGCAGUACAGAUACGAGCGCUCUUCCAACGACCGCAACGGACCAAUAGCUAGUGUUCCUCACGCAAAUUCACCAAAGGAAUAUAGAGAACGACAAAUCCGACGUGGAAACGUCGAAAUUCAAAGAGACGAAGACUUGAGCAACGCGUUCGCACUGUAUGAGCCGCAAGAGGAAAACGAUGUAUAUAUAUAGGCAUAUGCAGUAGAAAAUUUUUUGUACGUACAUAAGUUAAAUUAUAAAAGGAAAAGGAAUCACAACUUUUGUGUAAGCUGUGAAGAACUUCAAGGUUUUUGAAAACCAUGUCCAGAUUCAUGUAGUUACGUAGUAACGAAACAGUAUGUCCCUUAUGCCGAACAGUAUAAAAAAUAUGCGCAUUGUUAUAUAUAACGUAAUGUAUAUAUAUACAUUGUUUUAUAUAACAUUCAUUUUUAGAUUAACCCUGGAUUACAUGAGUGUAGCUAGCGAUUACCAACGAUUAGAUUUAGACAGCGGCCUAAGGUUUGGCACACUCGUACGGAUAUCUUAGCCUACGUUAUAAUCAACGUAGUUGAUCAAUUACGUUGAUAAACGUAGUUACAUGACCACUAGGUUUUGAUAUUCUAUUCUGGAUGUACAUUGCAGUCACACUUGUGAAUAAUGUGGUGUGGUAUGGAUCAGAACACGAUGUUGCUUAUGAAAUUACAACUGUUUUUACAACGUGAUGUAACAUCGGAAAUUAUCAAGUCUGUACGGGUAUCACUAAAGCUCUGUAUUGGGCUGUCGUGUAAAUAUAAUCAUUGAUAUUUCUGAAAAUGCGCCGCAACCUUGAAAAGUCUCGAAGUUAAUACAUUUUUAUAUGCUGAUAUAUACAUAUUAGCGAUUGUCCCAGUUAUGAGAAAAGAACCAGGGUUAUGUAUUCACACAUAACAUUAUGCAUCACUUGAAAUACACAUGACAUCUUGAACGAAUUGUUCCUCAAUGAAUAUGCAAACAAUACACAACCAAAGACGGCAAUCUCUACAAUUCUGCAUUUCUGAUGCAGAAUUCGCAAACUCGGAUGUCACAUUUUACAUGCAUCUCACAUCAUUACAUGUGUGUUACAUAUUAUGUCAUCUUACUUUUCUUUAAUACUAAUAUAUAUAUCUAGAGUUUAUAUUUAAAUUUAUUUUACUUAUAUAAAUUUCUUCCGCGUAAUGUUAACCCUUACUAAUAUUUAGAGUACCAACAGUAUAUAUAGAUGCUAAUAGAAAUAUAAAAUAUUUCCAGUUAUACGUGUAAAAUGAAUAGCACGAUUGUGCAAUGUAUGCAAGGUCUGUGUCACAUAAGUGUAAAAAUUUGUGAACCAAUUUAACUGUACACCGCUUUGUACAGUAAGAUUUAUUUUUAUUAAAUAGAUCAGAGAAAUUAUAAUUAAUACGGCACAUAUGAGCAUUUCCACGAGAUUGUAUUGCCUGUACAAUUUGAAAAAUACCGAAGAUUUAAUGCAUUCGAUAUUUAUAUAAUUUUAAUAUAAUUAAUUUCUGAAAUAUAUAGUUUCUUCAUACAAGUUUAACGUAACAAAAUUAUAAUCGUAUUCUAUACUUUAUGAAAGUAAAGCAAAUUUAUCUUUUAUACAUUUAAAAUAUAUGAAAUAAUAGCAAACUAAAGCGCGACAAUGUAAGAUAUAAUGCGUAAAUAAUUUGGUUUUUAAAACCUAUGGAAAUUUGAUUUUUCAUUUUGCUUAAACACAUACACAAUAUACUAGUUACAUUUUCUUUGUAUCUUACAAUUUUACGUGUAUGAUACUAUAUUAUGUGUAUUUAUUACAAUUAUUCAUUAUAUUAAUGACAUAUAGACUAUGAAAAAUUACUUAUAUACAUCUUUCUCUAUGCAAUUUAAUAAAAAACAAAACGAAGUGGAAA